ACGAGUGGAGGUCAGUGUACAGCAUCUGGGACAGUUGUACAAGAACAGGCCAAGCCCUGGUUGGGAAGAGCCCAGUGGGCACAGAGUGGGUCAGGCAGGGCCAGGGACCUCUGUUACCUCUGACAUCGCCAGUGCCAGCUUCAAGCAUGGGUGCAGGGGGAGACUGAAUGGGUUUUCAGGUCAAUCCUCUCCUUCUGUUAUCCAGCGCAGGAGCUGCUUCCCUGAAACAGAGGAGAAGGUUAAGCACCUGAAGAGGAAGAACGCAGAGCUGGCGGUGAUCGCCAAACGCCUGGAGGAGAGAGCCCGGAAACUCCAGGAGGCAAACCUCAAAGUCGUAACUGCUCCAGUACCUCUAAAGGGUUCCAGCCUGGAGCUGUGUAAAAAAGCAUUUGCCUGCCAGCGUGCCAAGGACCUGACAGAGCAAGCCAGUGCUCUCCUGGCAAAAGACAAGCAGAUUGAAGCUCUGCAGCAGGAGUGCCGGGAGCUGCAGGCUAAGCUCAUUGCAGGGAAGGAUGACCCUCGCUGCCUGAACGUUGUAGAGUUUGACCGGCUGUUGCGGGAGUCACAGAAAGAAGUGCUGCGGCUGCAGAGACAGAUUGCUCUGAAGAAUUUCAAGGAGUGCCUGCGUUCCUCUAAAACCAGUUCAGGCAGCUCUCUGCCAAGUGCCACCGCCUGCUUGGGAGCAACACUCAAUGCCUGCAUCAAAGACUCCCUUCUACCAAAGGAGGCCCGCUCGGGAGACCCAGUGCUAAGAGUGGAAGCACACAGGAAGGUGGAACCAGGUGUGCUACCAUUGGGUGCUGCCUCUGAAGGACAUGAAAAUUUCCCUCCUAGAAAUGCAAUAACAGACCCAGACAGCAGCCAUCAGAUUCAGCAGCUGGAAUUUGAACUCAAGAAAAAACGCAAAAAAUGUGAAAACCUUGAGCAUGAAGUGAGGAAAAAACAUAAAAGAUGCAAAGAACUCGAGAUCCAACUGCAGGAGAUACAGAGUGAAAAUGCACGACUGGCUGAAGAGAACUUGCAGCUGAAUGAGAAGGCUGGAUGGGCAGGACAGGUUGAAUCCGAGAAUGCUGACCUGAAGUUGCAGGUUGUUUUGGUUACUAAGGAACGGGAUUCAGUAAUUCAGACAAAUCAAGGACUUCAAACCAAGCUGGAGAAUCUGGAGCAGGUGCUGAAGCACAUGAGAGAUGUGGCUGAGCGAAGGCAGCAGCUGGAAGCCGAACACAAGGAAGCGCUGCUAGUCCUGCAGGAGAAACAAGAGGAAGUCAGACGGUUGCAGCAGGCACAGGCAGAGGCAAAAAGGGAACAUGAAGGAGCAGUACAGCUUCUAGAGGCCCGGGUGAAAGAUCUAGAAGACCAGUGCCGCAAUCAAACAGAGCAGUUCAGCCUCCUGUCUCAGGAACUCAAACAAUUCCGACUUCAAACAGGAAAAAUUGACCUUCUCACCUCUACACUGGUGACUUCUGAGCUUCCUCUUGCACUGUGCAGCUCUAGCCCACAGCCCCACUGGGAGAAAGAUUCAACUGGUCCUGCAUUGCUCACUCACCAAAGCACAAAGAAGGUUGACAAUGAAGAGACUGAGUUGGAGUCUUCACAGCGGGUUCCUGAUGCUGCUGUUGGCUCCCCAGUUUCUGCUACUGGUUCUCAGAAACACGCCAAAAAAGUUGAAUCUCAGUCGAGCUCUUCAAAAUCAGAAUCCAUGCAGAACAGUCCAAAAUCCUGCCCAACUCCAGAGGUGGACACAGCGAGUGAAAUGGAAGAACUGGAUGUUGACAGCAUCUCUCUAAUGCCAGAGACAUGUAGCCAAGGCCCUGCAAAGCUCCAGGUCUUCUUGGCUCGAUACAGCUACAAUCCAUUUGAUGGACCUAAUGAAAAUCCAGAGGCAGAACUUCCACUGACUGCUGGAGAGUAUAUUUACAUCUAUGGAGACAUGGAUGAAGAUGGCUUCUUUGAAGGGGAGCUGAUGGAUGGCCGGCGAGGGCUGGUUCCCUCCAAUUUUGUUGAGCGAAUUUCAGAUGAUGACCUCAUGACGUUUCUGCCUUCGGAGCUGAAUGAUCUCACCCAUAGUUCAUACCAGGAGAAAAGUUUUGUCAGUGCAAGCACCAGCAGUGGAGAUAAGAGUGAUUUCUCCAUUGAAGAGAGUAACAUCAGUCCGUUGGUCAGUAGGGCAGAAGGAGACCAGGAGGAAGCUGUUAGUCACACAGCAGUGCCUUACCCAAGAAAACUGACUUUGAUCAAGCAGCUUGCCAGAAGCAUAGUUGUAGGCUGGGAACCACCACUUUUGCCGACUGGCUGCCCAGACAUACAAAGCUACAAUAUCUAUGUGGAUGAAGAGCUACGUCAAAAUGUGAAGAGUGGCUUUCAGACCAAAGCAGUGAUUGAAAAGCUGGAUUUAAAGGCGAAGGCUUACCGUGUGUCUGUGCAGAGCGUGACAGAGCAAGGCAGUUCUGAUAAACUGCGAUGCACUUUCUUUGUGGGGCAAGAUUUUUGUUUGGCACCGACUAUGCUGAAAGUCAGAAGCGUCACUGCCACGUCAGCAGAAGUCACAUGGCUUCCCUGCAACAGCAAUUAUAACCACGCAGUGUAUCUCAAUGGGGAGGAAUGUGACAUAACAAAACCAGGAGUCUACUGGUAUGCUUUCCGCAACCUGCAGCCAAGCACUCAGUAUGUUGCCAAGCUGGAAGCCCGGCCCUUGAAGACUCCUUGGGAAGAGGUCCCAGAGGGGCAGGAGCAGAACUCAGCUGUGAUACACUUCACUACCCCACUAGCAGGUACGCCUGAUGCUCCUCUGGAUGUCCAGGUAGAAGCUGGUCCCUCGCCAGGUAUCCUAGUUAUCAGCUGGUUACCUGUCACUAUUGAUGCCGAAGGAUCUUCCAACGGAGUUCGAGUCACCGGUUACGCUGUGUACGCGGACGGGCAGAAGGCAAUAGAAGUUACUUCUCCAACAGCUGGGAGCAUUCUUGUGGACUUGUCCCAGCUUCAAAUGUUCCAGGUGUGCCGGGAAGUUUCUGUGAGAACAAUGUCUCUGUACGGAGAGUCAGUAGAUUCAGUUCCAGCCCAGAUUUCCUCAGUCUUGCUGAGAACAUCUCGUCACUCUUCACAUUCAGAUUCUGCUGUUUCUGCUACUUUUACCUCUAGACUACCCUGCGGAGACCCCAGGGGCUCUCUGUCUGCACGCAGCCCACCCACACACCAGACAGUGGCACUUCUGCUUCGACAAAAAGUUUCCACUGAUAUCUCAGAUGCCAAAUUGACUGAUCUUUCUUCCAGCCACGAUGGCUCAGCACGAUCUCUGCCAGAGAAAGCCUCCUCACCACCGCACCUCUACUCUCCCAGUGCUUCCUUGGUGCACACCAUAGGCACUUUCCCAGAGGGAUCAGGCGAUGCACAAGACAAGAAAUGCCUGACUGUGCCUCCUCAGCAAGCUGGCAGCACAGUGCUCCCUGGUGAGGGCACAGAGCCUGGCCCUUCAAAGGAAGCAGAAUUGAAAGGCUCAGACGAAUGGACAGAGGUGAAGAUGGAACAAUCUGUAACCAAAGCGCCUGAGCUAGAGACCCCAUCUAACGGUAGCCUGAAGAUACGUAUGGAGACCUGCCAUACGUGCUCUGUGGAAGAGCCACUAAAAAGUCCCAGUACUGAAAGAGAAAGAAGAGAGACAAAGGAGAAGCACUUGAGCCCAGAGCCUGUGCCUGCCCCAGGCCAGGCUGACAGGACAGAGGGCACCUCCCGAGAUGCAACCACAGGUGGGAGCAGCUGCCAGGAGUUCCUGAGGUUGUCCCCUGGCAAGGAGGUGAUGAAAGAAAUGUCCAGAGUGAAAAGAGAGCAAGAAGAAAAACUGUCUGAAAUAGGAAGACGACAGCUCACCCUUUUUGCUGAGCACAACCGUAGUUCGGACCUUUCGGAUAUUUUGGAAGAAGAGGAAGAAGAUGAACUGUCCUCAGAAGCUCUGGAAGAGAAGAAAUGGGAUUCAAGAGAGCCCUGUUACAGGGAGAAUGGGGAAAAGGCGUCUGGUAAUAAAGAUCCUAGGGGCCAGGAGCUGUCUGGCUCAGCUGCCUGGCAGGCUCCCAGCAGAAGAGGGAACAGGAGCGUAAGAAGAAGUCAAAUGCAGAAACCUUUGCUCUCUAGUCCAGGUCCUCCAAGGAGUGCUGCGUCAGAAACUGCUGUUAAAGAUGAUGGCAUUAGAAUAUUUGUGGCCCUCUUUGACUAUGAUCCUGUUUCUAUGUCUCCUAACCCUGAUGCAGCAGAAGAGGAGCUCCCGUUUAAGGAGGGGCAGAUCCUGAAGGUGUGUGGAGACAAGGAUGCUGAUGGCUUUUACAGGGGUGAAUGUGCAGGAAGAGAGGGUUACAUUCCAUGUAACAUGGUAUCUGAAGUCCAGGUGGAGAAUAAUGAAAUCAAGAGGCAGCUCCUAAAGCAAGGGUUCCUUCCUGCCGACACACCAAUGGAGAGCAUAGAACUGGAUAAACAAGAGAAGUACAAGUCUCAUCCAGGACAGAAGCAUCAGGACUUUGAAGCUGAACUACUUACUCCUCGAAGUAUGAUGGCUGUUUUUGACUAUAAUCCUAAGGAGAGCUCCCCAAAUGCAGAUGCAGAGGCUGAACUGACUUUCAGCGCAGGGGACAUUAUCACUGUGUUUGGGUCCAUGGAUGAUGAUGGGUUCUAUUAUGGAGAGCUGAACCAACAAAGAGGGCUUGUCCCAUCUAACUUCUUGGAAGCUGUAACUUCAGAUGGAGGCAUGGUUGAGGAACUUCAUUCAAAAGAUAAAGAUGCUUUUCCACUGAGUUCUGAGAGCCAGUUAAAUCCAGAUGGGUCUGUUGAUCAAAGCGACUUCUCACCAACUCCUCCUACUGAACCACCUUCCUGCCUUGCCACAGGCGAGCAGUGUCCAGAGCAGGCAUCGCUGGCCAUUCUCAAAUGCAGUGAUUUACCUGGUCAGAGUAAAAAGAAGAGAGGCUUCUUCUUCAAAGGAAAAAAGCUCUUCAAAAAACUUGGGUCCAGUAAGAAAAACUAACAAAGGAUUUAUUGUUAGGAGUAGGCUGCCUGUGCAGUCCACGCAGGCACUGAAAAUUCAGGAGAAGCCCUCUGCAAUAAGCUGAUUAGAGUAUUUUCAUAGGGGAGAAGUGUAUAUUGAAUAGAGAAAACUCUUCAGUGGGUCUGUGAGCUGUGAUCUCUGCUGAGAGCCCACUGGCAGUGGCUCUGAACAGUGUCACAGCACCGAGGUGUGUGAGGCCUCAGCUCUAGGAUACAGCUACCUCCACAGUAGUGUGUCCUGCUCCAUGCAGCCCUCAAUGCACCAGUUCUCUGUAAAUAUUUUAAUUUUAAAAAUAUAUUCUGGCUGUAAGUUAGCUAAAUGGCUUUUCCCAGCAAAGCCCCAGCCCCUUAGGAAGAGCUCCCUUGUACUACACCCCUCGGUAUUUCUCUGGUCCAAAGGAGGUUGUGUCAAGUCCUUCACUUCCUGCAAAGAAAAUUUACACUCUUCUGUUGCUGUGAACCCUCUUUGCUGUCUCUGGGCUGAAAAGUGAGUUAUUUGUACUGUAAAUAUGCAGCUGUGCCUAGGAGCAUCCCACACUGCCUCAGUCAUGUUUCAGCGUGAGGAUUCUUUUCCAACCUUAAUGAUUCUACGAUUCCCAUGGAGGAAGGAGCGAUACCCACAAAGGGAGUCGAUACUUCCACCUGUAGCGUGGGCUGCUGUAAGCUGCUCUUGGCUGGUUCACCUUGACCACACACUGGCUGGGGACUCUGCCUUAUUUAUUUAUUUGUUUAUUUAUUUAUUUAUUUAUUUAUUUUGUCCGCCUCUUUCACAGUUUUAUUUGGCUGUUUCAGUGGGCUGCUCCUCAGUUGGAGCUUGGUUGGAGCGUAGAGCUGGGGAUGGAGAGUUUGCAGCUAUUUUCAUAUGAGAUGUGUUCCUUCAGUUAAGACACAUCCCUUCCUAAGCCACGGAGAGUUUUGUACUACAUGGUUUCUACCCUUUUCAGUGUUUCUUUCUUUGCAUGUUUCAAUGGGGUACAUGUUUUGAGAAAGACAGUUACGUGAGGUAUGUGAAUGAUGCCAGCACAGUGUCCACAAGUGUUGGUGAUAAGGUAUGUUUUUAUUUAAUAUCAAAUUUUAUUAUAAUAAAGUCUAUUUUCACAAAAAUACAUUUUCCU